AUGCAUCCAUCACCUAUUCAACGGAUUAGUUUAAUUAGUGCUUAUUUACAACUUUCAAAAUGUCGUUUAACAGCAUUAAUUACAUCAACAACAAUGGGAGGUUUAGUUAUGUCACCUACUUUGGCAAGUGUUUCUCCAGCCUUAUUUGGAUCUUGUGUUGCUGGAACUGCUUUACUUUCAGCAUCUGCUUGUGCUUGUAAUAAUAUUAUUGAAAGACAAUUUGAUGGGCAAAUGAGAAGAACACAGUCUAGAGUUUUGCCAGUUGGGCGUUUAACACCAAAUCAUGCUUGUCUUUUUGCUGGUACAACAGCAGUUGCUGGACUUGGAAUACUUUGUUUAUGUUGUAAUCAUUUAACUUCUGGCCUUGGAUUUUUAAAUAUUGCAUUAUAUGCUGGAGUGUAUACCCCAAUGAAAAGAAUGCAUCACAGCUGUACUUGGGUUGGUGCUAUAGUUGGGGCAAUACCUCCAUUAAUGGGUUAUGCAGCUGCAACAGGCCGUCUUGAUGCUGCUGCUUGUGUUCUUGGAGGAUUGUUAUUCUCAUGGCAAUUUCCUCAUUUUAAUGCGCUAAGUUGGAAUUUACGUGAAGAUUAUAAAAAUGCUGGAUAUAAAAUUAUGCAUUCAAUUAUCCUCAUUUUUCUUUGUCAAUUGGCUGCUCCAUUGACAGAGCUUACAACAUGGACAUUUUCUGCAAUUUCUGCUCCAUUGAAUUUAGGGAUGUUAAUUCUUGGAUGGAAAUUUUAUUCGAAACCAGAUUCAAAAAAUGCUCGUCUUUUAUUUCGUUACACACUUGCAUAUCUUCCUUUACUCAUGGUUUUAAUGUAUGCAACAAAAAAAGAUGUUGAUGUUGUUAAUAAAAAGGAAGAACAAAAAGGAGGAAUUAUAAAAAUAAAUGAACAAAAAAAUUUAAGGCUGGCAAUAAUUUAG